AUGUUGGAACUCAAAGUUUUUGCAGCUUUUUUCAUUCUCUUGUUUGGUAAAGAUUACAUUUUUGUGGCUGUGGAAUCACAAUCGAUUCCGACAACUUUAGAUGGCCCUUUUAAGCCCGUGACUAAAAAACUGGAUCCAUCUUUACGUUUAGGCAGUGAUGAUUUGCCUAUGGAUCAUCCAAGACUCAAAAGGAAUGUACCUGGAAUGUUUCCAGAACAGAUUUCUCUUGCUUUAUCCACAACUCCAUCUUCAAUGUGGGUUUCUUGGAUUACGGGGGAUUCUCAGAUUGGUUCCAAUGUAACUGAACUUGAUCCAUCAACAGUGGGAAGUGAGGUUUGGUAUGGGAAAGAGAGUGGGAAAUACUCCAUGAAAAAGACUGGGAUUUCAGUGGUUUAUAGUCAGUUGUAUCCAUUUGAAGGGCUCUGGAAUUAUACCUCGGGCAUUAUACAUCAUGUCAGGCUUGAUGAAACACUUUGUUUAGAAGAAGAAAUAUGCUAUGUAGACUUAGCUUCUUUCUCCUGUGGUGAUAGUUCCUUAUCAUCCAUGAGUGUGGAGCUCGUGUUUGAGACCUUACCCUUGCCAAGCCCCGAAAAUUAUCCUGCCCGAAUAGCGAUUGUUGGAGAUUUGGGGCUUACAAGUAAUACAUCAGCAACUGUUGAUCAUCUUACACAAAAUGAUCCCUCAAUCUUGUUAAUGAUUGGAGACUUAACUUAUGCUAACCAGUAUCUUACAACCGGGGGUAAGGGCGCUUCGUGCUUUUCCUGCGCUUUUCCUGAUGCACCUAUAAGAGAGACUUAUCAACCUCGUUGGGACGGAUGGGGAAGGUUUAUGGAGCCCCUAACGUCUAGUGUUCCAAUGAUGGUUAUUGAAGGAAAUCAUGAGAUUGAGCCUCAAGCUGAGGGAGUAACCUUCAAGUCAUAUCUAACAAGAUUCUCUGUUCCCGCUGAAGAAUCAGGCUCCAAUAGCAAUUUUUACUAUUCUUUUGAUGCUGGAGGAAUACAUUUCCUCAUGUUAGGAGCAUAUACUGACUACAAUAAGACUGGUGCUCAGUUUGGUUGGCUCCAAUCUGAUCUGCAGAGCAUAAAUCGAAGCAUUACGCCUUGGGUUGUUGCUGCCUGGCAUCCUCCAUGGUAUAAUAGCUAUUCAUCACACUAUCAAGAAUUUGAAUGCAUGAGGCUGCAAAUGGAAGAACUUCUUUAUCAAUACGGCAUAGACAUUGUCUUCUCGGGUCAUGUACACGCCUAUGAGAGGAUGAAUCGUGUUUACAACUAUACGUUGGAUCCAUGUGGCCCCGUGUACAUAACAGUAGGAGAUGGCGGCAACAUUGAGAAAGUCGAUGUGCAUCAUGCUGAUGAUCCUGGGAAAUGCCCUUCACCUAGAGACAAUGUGCCUGAAUUCGGAGGAGUUUGUCACAUGAAUUUCUCCUCUGGACCUGCAAAAGGAAGGUUUUGCUGGGAUAGUCAACCAGAAUGGAGUGCAUAUCGGGAAAGCAGCUUUGGACAUGGAAUCCUUGAGGUUGAGAAUGCAACCCAUGCAUUAUGGACAUGGCAUAGAAAUCAGGAAGCUUAUGGGGAAAAUAAUCCGGGUGAUCAAAUUUACAUUGUUCGACAACCUCAGCUGUGCCAUGCUACUUCAAAGGAUGCCAAAAUUACUCCAUCAUUUGCUCCAACUGAUUCCGCGUCACUAUAUGGAGUCUCUUUCUUCAACGGCUUCAUUUCUAUUUUGUUAUCCUUCAUUUGUUUUGAUCUUUCAAUGGUUUUCGCAUAUUAG